UAUUUCUCUCCUCUCCAUUCCUCUCCUUUCUUCCCCCUCUUCUCUUUCUCUUUCUCUCUCGAAUCCCUUUUUUCCUUCCAUUAGCAAAGGAUUCAAGAGAAAUUGAAAGAGGGGAGAUGGGGCAACAAACGUUGAUCUAUAGUUUCGUUGCCCGGGGAACGGUGGUUUUGGCUGAAUACACCGAGUUCACGGGUAAUUUCAACAGUAUUGCCUCGCAAUGCCUUCAGAAAUUGCCCGCGUCGAAUAACAGGUUCACCUACAAUUGUGAUGGCCACACUUUCAAUUUCCUCGCCGAGAAUGGAUUCACCUACUGUGUGGUUGCUACUGAAUCAGCAGGCAGACAACUUCCAAUUGCCUUUUUGGAACGUAUUAAGGAUGAUUUUAGCAAGAGAUAUGGUGGAGGAAAAGCUACUACUGCUACUCCUAAAAGUCUAAGCAAGGAAUUUGGGCCAAAAUUAAAAGAGCACAUGAAGUAUUGUGUUGAUCAUCCUGAAGAAAUUAACAAGCUUGCUAAGGUGAAAGCUCAAGUUUCAGAAGUUAAGGGAGUGAUGAUGCAAAACAUUGAAAAGGUUCUUGAUCGUGGUGAGAAGAUUGAACUUCUAGUUGAUAAAACAGAGAAUCUUCGAUCACAGGCUCAAGAUUUUAGGCAACAGGGGACCAAGAUAAGGAGGAAGUUGUGGUAUGAAAAUAUGAAGAUAAAACUGAUUGUGUUAGGGAUUAUCAUAGCUUUGAUUCUCAUUAUCGUUUUGUCAGUUUGCCCUCGCUUUGACUGUUUUUAAUUAUUUUGCAUCAGACUCGCGAUUUAUUUAUUUACCUCAAAUCUACUAAUUAUCAGUCAAUUAAUGGGCUUUCCUUUCAUACGGUAUAUUAGCACAUAAGAGAAGCUGGAAUUGGCCUAUAUUAUGAUGUAGAUUGUAUAUUAAUCAGGAUUAGUUUGGCCUAAUUACUUUGGGAAUUAUUCGAAUUGUACUAUGUUAAUUUUCUUUGAUGUUGUUUUCUCCAAAUGAAAUGUCACAAUUCCGAUACAAUAAUUUAA